AGGAGGAACGAUGAGCUGGUAGCGCAUCUUUACGCACCCGACCCGCCGCCAGCCCCUUAUAAACCCUCAUUCUGCCUCUUUACGUGUCAUUCUCUCGCGGAGACCAUGGAGACAGCAGUUCACAGGACCGAUAUUCUCAUCUCCCAGCUGCUCCUUUUCAGCCAAAUAGUUGUGGCAGCAGAGCCGCUGGUCCGAGGCCUGAGGAAACUCCCUGAAGAUAUCGACUGGUCUUACACAGGUGCCCUGAACCAGCCCAACUGGGGUAAGAAGUACCCGUCCUGUAACAGCGCCAGGCAGUCUCCUGUGGACAUCGACGAGACGUUUACCCAAGUCAGGCUGCAGUACCAGAAUCUGCAGCUAGAAGGCUGGGAGAAACUGACAGCAGAGUCCACCACCGUCCACAACAAUGGGAAGACUGCGACUAUCAGUGUGGAAGGGGAGUUCUUUGUUAGUGGAGGAGGGCUGAGCUCCAGAUAUCGUGUUGAUACCAUCACCUUCCACUGGGGGCGCUGCAACGCUACAUCAGAUGGGUCUGAACACAGCCUGAAUGGGAUGAAAUAUCCUCUGGAGAUGCAGAUCUACUGUUAUGAUCCAGAUGACUUCCAAAGUCUGGAUGCUGCUAUUAGAGAAGGAGGGAGGAUCGCUGCCUUGGCUGUGCUCUUUGAGAUCAGCUUGGAUGACAACGAGAACUUCAGUCCUGUUAUAGAGUCCAUCAUGACUGUCAGCAGGUUUGGUAAGAGCGGGUCGAUGGAAGCUUUCACCUUACGGUCCCUGCUGCCUAAUAACACUGAUAAAUAUUACAUCUACAACGGCUCACUCACUGCACCUCCCUGCUCUGAAACGGUGGAGUGGAUCGUCUUUAAACACACUGUGGCUAUAUCAGAAACACAGUUGGAGGUGUUUUGUGAUGUAAUGACCAUGCAGCAGGCUGGAUAUGUGAUGCUGACAGAUUACCUGCAGAACAACUUCAGGGAGCAGCAGCAGCAGUUCAUGGGUCAGGUGUUCGCCUCGUACACCGGAGUGGAGGAAGUCCUAACACCCACCUGCAGCUCAGAACCAGAAAACGUUCAGGCUGACGCCCAGAACGACACAACCAUCGUGGUGAUGUGGGAGCGUCCGCGCGUGGUUUACGAUACAACCAUUGACUGGUACACCGUCACCUACCAGAGGCUGCAGGGACGAGAGCAGAACAAGCAGGAGUACAGGACAGAUGGAGACCAGGAUGUGGGUGCCAUCAUCCACAGCCUGCUGGCCAACAGCAGCUAUGUGGUUCAGGUGGUCGCUGUCUGCACCAACGGACUCAGAGGACGAUGGAGCGACCAGAUUAUAGUAGACAUGCCGUUAGAAGACCCUGAAAGCGAUUCCGAUGCUGACUCUGGCGCUAAAGAGGUGGAAGGCAACAGGGAGGUCUUAUCUAAAGCCAAAAAGAAGAAGCCGGAGAACCAGAAUCAGUUGGAUUUGUCUCCGGAGGACCACAGCCCCGUAGAGGAGAUCCCAGUGGAGCAGACCAGAGUUUACCAGAACCAACCUUCACACCACGAGAACCUCCCGUUCCCGGUCAGCACCAGUUCAACCCCGAAGACUCCCUCUCAGUCUGCCGUGCUCCAGAAAACCAGAAUCAACCAGAGUGUGAAAAAGAAUCCGGACCAGAACAGGGUUGAUCCCAAUGAUAUGGACCAGAACUGGAUUUACGAGGACGGUGAGCCCACACGUGCACCGAUCACUAAAGGGGGUUUUGACGGCAACGGCGCAAUAUGGGUAACCGAGGUAACCGAGCAGCCGGGCUUCCUGUUUCCAGUCGCUCGGACAACCACACAGCAGACGAUCCGCCGACAAAUCACAGAAGAGGCCUCGCUGUCAGCAUUCCCACAUCAGUCAGGGGAUCAGGGUCCACCAGACCAUGACAGAGAAAGUGGCCUCCCUUCUCCCCAGUCGGACCUCUUCACCCCUCCUGUGGAGGACAUCCAAGUCACAGAUAUCUUCUAUGAAGACACUGUCAACAACUCCCCACUAGAAACAAACACCUCUGCUGCAACAGUGUCUGCUGCUGCUGCUGCUGCUGUGUUGCCAGGUAAUAAAGUGGACAUUGUCUCCCUGCCGUCCUCUGAAGACAGCGACGCCCCCGUGAACAAACCUGUAGCAGAAAGCUUCACCUCCUCCACCCCGUCCCUCCUCUGGAUGACGGAGAGGGCAGCCACGGCCAGCAACACACUGGCUGAGUCAGUGUACAAAUCAUUCACCACCUCGUCUCUCCUCAGGGUGCUGAUGCACACAACCCAGCCCAUGUUCAAUGAGGGCAGCAACAGCAGCCACGAGUCUCGUGUCGGGCUGGUGGGAGGCGUAGAGCGGGAGAAGAGGACAGUCGUUCCUCUGGCUGUCGUCUCCACUCUCACCAUCCUCUGUCUGCUGGUACUGGUGGGCAUACUCGUCUACUGGAGAAACUGUUUCCAGGCGGCUAAUUUCUACCCAGAUGACAGUGCGUCACCUAAAGUCAUAUCAGCUCCAUCUACACCCCUGCUGCUGGCUACAGACGGUCACGAGCCACUGACAGUGAAGCAGUUUGUGAAGCAUGUCCUGGAGCUGCACACCACCAACACUUUCUCCAAGGAGUUUGAGAUUGUCAAAGAAUCCUAUGAGGAGGUGCAGGCGUGCACGGUGGACAUGGGCAUCACUGCAGACAGCUCCAAUCACCCUGACAACAAAAGCAAGAACAGAUACAUAAACAUACUGGCCUAUGACCACAGUAGAGUGAAACUCUCCAACAGUCUGGACAGAGAUGGGAGAUGUGGAGACUACAUUAAUGCUAACUUUGUAGAUGGUUACGAGCGAACGAGGGCGUACAUCGCAGCUCAGGGGCCUCUCCGAGCGGGCAGGGAGGACUUCUGGAGGAUGAUCUGGCAGCAGAAUAUUGGAGUUAUCGUCAUGAUCACCAACCUCAAGGAGAAAGGACGGACAAAAUGUGACCAGUACUGGCCGGAGGACAACCAGGAAGAAUACGGUCCGUACCAGGUGACCCUAAAAAGCAGCAAGACACUCGCUUACUACACACUGCGAGCGUUCACUGUCAGAGAUACCACAAAUAAGGCUUCUCAGAGGAGAGUUGAACACACAGUCCUCCAUUACCACUACACCCAGUGGCCAGACAUGGGCGUCCCAGAAUACACCCUGCCCGUCCUGUCCUUCAUCAGAGCAUCCUCCCGGGCGAGGACACAGGAGAUGGGACCUGUGCUGGUUCACUGCAGUGCCGGUGUAGGAAGGACAGGAACCUACAUAGUGAUAGACAGCAUGCUGCAGCAGAUCCAGGAUCAGGGCAUGGUGAACGUUCUUGGUUUCCUAAAACACGUUCGGACUCAGAGGAACUUCCUGGUUCAGACUGAGGAGCAGUACGUCUUCAUCCAUGACACUCUGGUGGAGGCCAUCCUGAGCCGUGGCACCUUGGUGACCUCUGACCUCCUCCACACUUAUGUGUCAGACCUCCUGACCCCAGGGGCGUCAGGCAGGACGCGCAUGGACAAACAGUUUAAGUUGAUCAGUCAGCGUCAGGCAAAGCACGCAGACUACAGCACGGCCCUGAGAGACGGCAACGCUGAGAGGAACAGAGCCAGAGCUCUGAUGCCCGUGGAAAGAUCAAGAGUGUGUCUGUCCGCUUCAGAGACAAACUCCACAGGAUACAUCAACGCCUCCUACGUCAUGGGACACCACCACAGUAAGGAGUUCAUAGUGAGCCAGACUCCUCUGAGCAGCACCGUGGCAGACUUCUGGAGAAUGAUCUGGGAACACGGCACACACACUGUUGUCCGUCUGCCAGACACACACUGUCAGAGUGAAGAGGGGGAGUCUACUGUUUACUGGCCCAGCAAAGACCAGCCAAUGAGCUUUGAGGGUUUCACUGUGUCAUACUUGGGGGAGGAGCAUGUGUGUCUGUCCAACGACGAAAGACUUUUGGUGCAGGACUUUACAAUGCACUCUCCACAGAACAAUUAUGAGUUCGAGGUGCGUCAGUACAGCGCCCCCUGCUGGCCCAACCCAGACAGUCCCAUCAGGAACAGCUUUGAUGUGGUCAGCACAGUCAGAGAGCACAGCAGACACUCUGACUGUCCUACAGUGGUGUAUGACCCGUUGGGAGGUGCUACAUCAGGGCUGUUCUGUGCCCUCACCACUCUGUCCAGUCAGCUCGAAGAGGAGGGAGCAGUAGAUGUUUACCAGGUAGCACGGAUGACCAACCUCAUGAGGCCUGGGGUGUUUAAUGAUAUUGAGCAGUACCAGUAUCUGUACCGAGCCGUGCUGAGUCUGGUGAGCAGUCAGGAGGACCAGAGAGCACUGCAGAGUCCAGAAACCAACGGAUCUGUACCUCUGGGACAGACUAACAUCGCUGAGAGCCUGGAGUCACUCAUGUAGACUCUCUCUCACACACACACACACACACACACACACACGUAUAGGUGGCUGAGGUUUGUCCUGACAUGAGAUGAGAGCAUGUGUGUGUGGUUCAGCUGUGUCCACUGGGCCUGUGGCAGCUUCAGACAGCUCAGUAAAAGUGACAACAUUUAGUUAUCAAACUGUCAGUGUAUGAAAGCUCAGCAGACUCAGCUACAGAAUCAGCAGACACAGCUCAUUCUGAUGUUCACCCUCAUGUCAGAUAAAGGGACCAACCGGCCAUGAUGUGAAUCAUCCUCUAACAGAGAAAAGGUACCAUUUUCUAAUAGGGCGCUGUUUAUAAAAGAUUCAUUUUAGUUAACUAAUAGUGUUAUUAAUGGUUACUGGAGCAGUGUGUAGGAUUUAGGAGGAUCCAGUGGCAGACGUUGAAUAUCCAUUAUAAUGUUUUCAUUAGGGUCUAAUCACAUGAAACUAAGAAUUGUUGUGUUAUCGUUAGCUUGUCAUAUCUACACAGGGAGCAGGUCCUAUACCGGUUUUCGACCAACGCUAGUUCUUCUGCUGGGCCGAUGCCAGGGCACAUUUGCAGUUGGUUCAACUUGCGAACCUUCUCAGAACCUGCAUGCUUUUCCACAAGCUCAAGAGCCACACCAUUACAUCUCUCAGCUAGCAUAAUAACAACAACAACGUCUCUUUACAAAUGUUGCUCUUAGCUUGGCGAACCUAAAUUGGCAUCCAAACACCACUGAUACAACACAUUUUUUCUGUUCAUCUUGAUCAAUUUGGACAGCGAUUAUUUUUUUAUUAACGCUGAACGUGAGAUGUUAAUGUGAGACUUUGUUACCAGCUAAUGUUAGCCUGCUUAUGCUAGCCUGUAUCGUAGCCAGUUAAACAAAUUAAAUUAAAUAGAUGAUACAUGUUUUAGUUGGUCUUGUUGGUCAUGAUAAUCCCGCCCCCAGCCCCUGUCGUAAGUGGUUCAUGGUUUGAGACCAGCAAAGAGUUGGUGCCUCUCUGGAACCAGUUUUCCUGGCCGAGAGCCGGUUCUUUAGCUGUCGAAACGCGAGGAACUGGUUCAAGAUUAGGCACCGGCUCCAACUGGCUCUGGAACUGCCUUGGUCGUAAAUUUGUAUUAAAGGAGUCCCUCAUGUUGCACUAUCAUGUUUCUACUGUAGCCCAGAAUGGACAAACCAAACAUUGGCUCUAGAGGGGGCCUUUAGGAGUUUUAUGUUACCUGUAGGCCACCGUAGGUUCUCCGUUGGAAACGGAGGGGUAUUCAGUUAGUCGCAAUGUGUAACCUCACUGCAAGAUGCCACAAUUAUUAAAUGGUUUACUAAUGCCUCAUAGAUCAGUUAUAGGACUUUGGAUUAACUGUGCUGACAGGUUGUGAAACCUUGCUUUCACUGGUCAGCCAGUUCUUUUUGGAAAAAUGCUGUGGAUGAUAAAAGCCAACGUCCAUUUAGUUAAAUUAUUACUUAAUUCUUGAUAG